AUGGAUUUAGAAGGAAAUCUAUACAUAACUGCUGUCAUCCAGGAAGACUAUCAGGAUGGGAAAACUUAUGUUUGUACGGCAACAAACUACUUUAUGAGAAAAUCAACCCAUGCUCCUGGAUUUAUUGUGCAACCAAUAGGAAGUGCAGCAAAGCCUUACUGGGCACCAGAAGGAGAACCCCAGGAUAUAGAGGCAAGUGUAGGAUCUUCUGCUACAUUCUUCUGCAAAGCUUUAGGAGACCCUAAACCGGAUCUGGAAUGGUAUAUUAAUGGUAUCAGACUUGAAGAUUCCAAGCACCAUUCUGUUAGAUCUGUUAGAUUUAUGAAACCAGAUGACCAUAAUAUAACAAUAAUAAACUUGGAGAAAAGUGAUGUCAUGGUUUUACAAUGUAAUGCCUCUAAUAUCUAUGGAUAUGUUUUUGCAGACUUUUAUCUCAAUGUGCUAAAGGAGAAGCCUCAAUUUAUCAAGAGGCCAGUAAAAGAAUUGAAGGUAGCAGAAACCACUAAUGUGUACCUGACAUGCCAAACGAGUGGUAAACCAGAUCCAAUUGUCACCUGGUACAAAGGGACACAGCAAAUUACUGGUGGAAGGUACCAGACUCAAACAAAUGGAGAUUUAUUCAUAUCGAAUAUUGUACUUUCUGAUGCUGGUAACUUCACUUGUGUUGCUGAAAAUGAAGAAGGAUCUGCUACAGAUUGGGGAGUACUUAUUGUUAGAAGAAAGACAACAAUUGAACAGAAGCCAGGUGAUUUAGAAAACAUGGCCGGUACAGAAGCCAAAUUCACAUGUUCAGGAACUACGGAUUUUGAAGAAGUUGCGAACUUACGUGUCUAUUGGUUGAAGGAUGGAAAAGAGAUUACAGGAAAUGACCAGAGAAUGACCACCAAUGUACAAGACAAUUCUUUAACCGUUAGUGGAACGAUAAGUAGAGAUUCAGGACUGUAUAGCUGUGUUAUAACUAAUGGAUUGGAUAAGGAAACAACAUCUGCAAUUCUAACUGUCAAAGAGCCAGAUUCAAGUUUGAGAGUAGAAAAUUUUGUGGUUGAUAAUGUUGCAAUGGAAGAAAACUCUGUCAAGUUCUACUGGAACUGGGAUAUGGACCUCAAUAAUAAUCUCCAGUCAGGUCUUCAUGGAAAAUUCAGAGGAUUUAAGCUGCAAUAUUGGAUCAAAGACAUGAAGAGAGUAACCUUUAGAGAAGACGAGAUUCUUCAAAAAGAUCUGAAGUCUCGAUAUGGAGCAAUACAAAAACGGUCCGUCACGGAACUAAUGUACACAGUGAAAGAUUUGCUACAGUACACUUAUAUGGAGGCACAAAUUUGUGUGAUGAAUACACAUUAUGUUAGCGGACCAAGUGCUAUUGUGUCAUUUGUUACUGCAAGGGGAGUCCCAGGACCUGUAGAAAACUUGCGUGCCUUAGUUGUUGGUAGUAACUUUGUAGAGCUGACUUGGAACAAACCAGAGCUAUUGAAGUCACCAGAUGACGAUAUAACCAACACAUAUUUACAGGGAUAUGAUGUCGGCUUUCAGAUAGUGAAAGGAUUAGAUCUUGGCAAAAUACGGGAAAUGGAUCCACAGAUAGUUGACCCUCGUCGUAACACUACAGUUCUAAAUGGUCUAACUGCUAACCAAAAAUACAGGAUUUAUAUGUGGGGAAGAACUGAAAAUGGCCGUGGUGAAGCUUCAUUUAUUGAAUUAACAACAGCUGCAACUGCUAGCAUGAGUGUGCCAAGAUUUUCUAUCAUCAAUUUAAAUUCUACAUUUUUCAAUAUUACCUGGACGACUAUGGCAAACAGGAAAUAUGGAACAGUGGCUUUUGUUGAUUACCGAAAAGAAGGUGUUGCUGAUUGGCAACAGUCACCACAGGAAAUUUCCAAGAAUUGGAUUGGUAUAGCUAAUCUCAAGUCAGGGACGUCUUACGAAGUACGUCUGUCUGUAACCAAUGGUUGGAACACAGCCUCAAGUGACAUAGAAAUAAUUAAAACUAAAGGAAUACCAGCAGCAUUUAGCUUGGGAGCAAACUUAAACUGGUUUAUUGGAUUAAUAAUAUCAGUGUUGAUUAUCAUGGCACUGGCUGCACUAAUUUACCGGUUGUACAAAAGACGUCCUGAACCUACAAAACAAAGAUAUCACACAGCUCCACUCCGAAGAAGAUAUGAUUAUGACGAUGACAGAAGUGACAGAGAUUACCAUGGUGAUGACAGAGGUUAUCGGGACGAUGACGAAUACAGUAGAGGUUCCUAUGACGACGAAAACAGGAAAGCCGAUGAUGUCUAUGAUCGACAAAGAUAUGAUGACAGAUAUGAUGCCAAGUAUGAUGAUUGUGGUAAACGUGAUGAUGGUGAUGAUUAUGUUCGUCGAAAUGAUGAUUACGACAAGAGGCGAGAUGAUGAUUAUUACGACAGAGGGCAUGAUGACAAUUACAAUAAAGAUUAUAGGUAUGAGGAUGAGGGAAGGCGUUACAGCACUGACCGCAGUGAUAACGAUCAUUAUGGAAAUGGUAAUGGAGCCUUUCAACCAAACUCAAGGCGUCCCUAUAGGACUCCUAGCUACGAUAACAGAUCGUCAAGUAACGACGAAGAUGUAGACUUACAGGAACCGAACAAGUUUGGUGAUGACGGUUACCCUGUGGACACAAAAAUAUCUGAAACUCUUGGAGCAUCGAGUUUAGUAUAGAUUUUAGAAAAAAAAACAUAAAUAUGUAAACAGAAUGGAAACACUAUAUUCAGAUUUCCGAAAUCUGUUAUGGUCCAUAAAAUUGAUAGUUACAAGUAAUCCAUUUGUUCACUUUUCAUUAGAUUUUUCCAAAAUAUA